UCAAAAUCAUGGAAUGGCAAGUUGGAGAGAUUUUCCAGUCACUUUAGAUCAUUACACAGUACACAUUCAAAAAUAUUUUGCCACGUACACUUGCCACUCGCCGUGCCGUAAUGUCUCAGUCCAAGAUUCCGGUCAAGAAGAAGAGGAGGAACGAGCCCGAAGAUUCAACCGGAAAGCGUUGUGGUUUCUGUUUCGUCAACUGUGUGCGGAACAUUAAACUCAUCGCCGAGGGCUACGAGCCGCCCAAGCCCGUGAAGACGGGCACCUCCAUUGUGGGCAUCAUCUACAAGGACGGCGUCAUCCUGGGGGCCGACACCCGGGCCACCGAAGGCCCCAUCGUCUCCGACAAGAACUGUUCCAAGAUCCAUCACCUGCAGAAGCACAUUUAUUGCUGCGGCGCCGGCACCGCUGCCGACACGGAAAUGAUGACCCUGAUGACCUCCGCGGAGCUGGACAUGCACCAGCUGAACACGGGUCGCACCGUGCCGGUGGUCUGCGCCAGCAUGCUGCUCCGUCGGACUCUGUUCCGGUACCACGGGCACAUCGGAGCCGCCCUCGUCAUGGGUGGCGUAGAUCGGAAGGGGCCCCAAAUCUACUGCAUUUACCCGUGCGGUUCCAACGACAAGCUGCCGUACGCCGCCAUGGGAUCGGGCACCCUGGCCGCUAUGUCCGUGCUGGAGCACAGCUGGCGGCCGGACCUCGACGUUGACCAGGGCAAGCAGCUCGUCCGGGAGGCCAUCUCGGCCGGAGUGUUCAACGACUUGGGCUCCGGGUCGAACAUCGACCUCUGCGUGGUGACCGCCAAGGGGGCGCAGUACCUGCGCACCGAUACGGUGGCCAGCGAGCGGGGCGAGCGCCUGGGGAAGUACGCCAUCAAGCCGAACUCCACCCUGGUCACCUCGACCUCCGUGCUCAGCCUCCUGGAGAUCACCGAGGAGCGGACCUACGGCGUGGACUCGUAUACCUCCGACCAGGCCUUUCUCGAGCUGCAGGAGGAUACCCAGCCGGGACCCAGUGGCCAGCAGAAUCAGAAGGGUGCGGAGCAGGAUCCUCCGGAGCAGUCCAAAUAGCGCUUAUUUUGGGUUUUUGAAUUGGAAAUUUUAAAAAUUAACCGUUUACAUGCUAAUUGACCCUCACAAUGUCCUGGCGGUUUCCUGGGCAGGGCUUCCGCUUCCGGAAUGCCCGAGUCCUUUGCCCUGUCCCCCCUGGCAUGUCCAGAACGGGCAAGGAAUUUGCGGGAAUGCCUACAACUGCACUUGGAAUAAAAACUACCCAACAAGGGUUCACCAAA